CAUUGAUGCGCGCCCGUGUGUUUUGGGCUGCGCGCUGGCACGAGCGCGUUAGUUUUAGGCUUCGUUGUCGCCCUGCAUUCUCUUUCUGACUGGAAUGAAAGUGUGUUAUGAUGUUUUGACUCUGCUGAUUCGCGUUUCCGUGAAGUUUGACAGAACUGCGUUUCCGUGUCUCUCCGUCAGAAAAUAUGCUCGUACUGCUGCAAGUGUGCCCAUGCCGAGGAGGUGGGAGGAAGGGACGCACUCUGAUGGUCAGAAGUGGAAAAGUCUUGAGCACAAAGGGCCUCUCUUCCCACCAGAAUAUGAACCGUUACCAAGCAAUGUGCCAUUUUUAUAUGAUGGAAAGCCUGUGCAGCUUAGCCUGGCUGCUGAAGAAGUAGCAACUUUUUAUGCCAAGAUGCUGGAUCAUGAGUACACCACCAAGGAGGUUUUUCAAAAUAAUUUCUUCACUGACUGGAGAGAGGUAAUGACAGAAGAUGAGAGGAAACUAAUCAAGAAGCUGUCCAAGUGUGACUUUACUAAAGUCCAUAAAUACUUUGUGGAAAAGUCAGAAGAAAAGAAGAACAUGAGCAAAGAAGAAAAACAGGUUUUAAAGGAGGAAGCUAAUAAACUCACAGAGGAGUAUGGAUACUGUCUGCUGGAUGGACAUAAGGAGAAAAUAGGCAAUUUUCGUGUGGAGCCUCCAGGGCUGUUUAGAGGACGAGGGGAACACCCCAAAAUGGGCAAGCUGAAGAAACGCGUCCAGCCUGAGGACGUGAUUAUUAACUGUAGUCCAGAUGUGAAGGUCCCAGAGCCACCUGCAGGCCAUCGGUGGAAGAGAGUGCAGCACGAUAACACCGUCACAUGGCUGGCGUCUUGGGUGGAGAACAUCCAUGGACACAUCAAGUACAUCAUGCUCAAUCCCAGCUCCAAACUCAAGGGUGAGAAGGACUGGCAGAAGUAUGAAACGGCCCGUAAGCUGAAACUGAGAGUCGAUGCUAUCAGGCGUGAGUACCGAAUGGCCUGGACUGCUCGAGAGAUGAAACAAAGACAAAGGGGAGUCGCUUUAUACUUCAUUGACAAGCUAGCUCUGAGGGCUGGAAAUGAGAAGGAGGAUGAUACUGCAGACACAGUGGGCUGCUGCUCUCUGCGUGUAGAGCACAUUACCCUCCACCAGCACCUGGAUGGUCAGGACUACGUAGUGGAGUUUGACUUCCUGGGGAAGGACUCCAUCCGCUACUACAACAAAGUGCCUGUGGAGAAACAAGUUUUCAAAAACUUGAAACUUUUCAUGGAAAAUAAGGAUCCAGAAGAUGACUUAUUCGACAGAAUUUCUACACUCUACCUGAAUAAGAAGCUGAAUGAGGCAAUGCCUGGACUGACAGCCAAAGUGUUUCGAACUUUCAAUGCUUCCACUACUCUGCAGGAGCAGCUGGACAAACUCACCAGAGAUGAUAUGACUGUGGAGGAAAAACUGCUGGCUUAUAACAGAGCGAACCGAGCUGUGGCUAUACUCUGCAACCACCAGAGGGCAGCACCCAAAACAUUUGAGAAGUCCAUGUUAGCUCUUCAGGAGAAGAUCAAAAAGAAAAAGGAGGAAGUGGAGAAAGCCAGAAAGGAGCUGAAGCAAGCAAAGAAGGAUCACAAAGAGCACCCAUCGGAGAAGUCAAAGAAGCUGGUGGAGAAGAAGGAAAAAGCUUUGAAGAGACUGUCGGAACAGUUAAAGAAGCUCAAGCUGCAGGAGACGGACCGAGAGGAGAACAAGGUCAUCGCUCUGGGCACUUCCAAGCUCAACUACCUCGACCCCCGCAUCAGUGUGGCCUGGUGUAAGAAGCACAGUGUUCCUGUGGAGAAGAUCUACAACAAGACUCAGAGGGCGAAGUUUGCCUGGGCUAUUGACAUGGCUGACGAGAACUUCCAGUUCUAACCCAGAAGACAGUUUUGUUUGUUUUGGCAUUCCCCCCCCCAUUUCCAGUCUUUUUUUUUUUUUUUUUCCCACAUAUUUUUCUUUUUUGACCAUUUUGAACAGCUAACAUUCAUUUAUGUGGGUUUUUUUUUUCUUCUUUUCUAGCCUUGGUUAAAAAGACUACUCUGAUGCGCCUCCUUGUUUUGGAUUUAUUUGUGUAGUAAAAAGUGAAUACAAAGCUGAAGGUCAUGCAUUGCUUUCUUUGCUUCUGAAUGAAAAGGUAUGUGGCUCAUGGAUCAUGUAUUUUCAACAGCACAGGAAGGCUGUUUGUGAGGGGGAAAAACAAACCUUGCCCUACAGUAACACUGACUAGAUUUGUGCUUAAAAGCUGUCCAAACACUGGAACGUAACACCAAGCCUUUUAAAUGGUUUGUCAAGAAAGUGUUUCCAAGUAUAGAUGAGCUUGCAAGUUCAGUACAUUCCUGUACUUGAAAUGAAAGCAAUAAUAGCAUUUCAGAAAUGAGUAGUGAGGAUGUGAGCUGAAAUUGUGCCUCUUAUUAUGCAAAAUGUCAGAUGCAAUGACUAUGGGCUUUACAACAAUUUGAGUGUGAAGUUCACAUGAAUGAUCUGUGUCAGUAAUCGUUGCACUGCAAGUCAGUCAGUGCGUUUACAUGCACAUCCAAAUCGAGCUAAGGGUCCCAGCAGGGGUGCCAGAGAAAUCCAAUCCUACAUGCACACAAGGAAAUCGAGCUAUUGUGUGAGGUACAUUGUGCACCCGAGCCACAGGUGGCGCUACACGCCCCGUCGUGUUGGUACGCUUCCGGUUGUCGUCAUGAAGAAGAGCUAUUCAAGAGUGUAAACAAAGUUAUCAGUUCCGUGUUCACAAGAAAUUUUACUGGUCUAGAUCACUACAAAUUGCUCUAAUGACAGAUUUGAUGACAUUUCCUGUACAUUUUAUCUUUUUAUUACAUCCACCUGCCAAGUGACUACAGGAGGAAAUUAGCAUGUACUGCUAUAACCUGGUACAGACAUCCAUCCUUACCACAAGGAUAAUGUUUAAUUUGUACACUGUCCCUUUUAAAAAUAAAAUAAACUCUAAACUCUAAGAA